CUUUGUGAAGGGUCUUGUGGAGGUCUUGUGAAUAUUUUUGAUGUCGAAAAAUAGGUAGAAUCAUUCAAUUACACAGUCAAGAAUGAAGAAGACCGAGACCUUUAGCUUUGGACCUUGGAAAAUAACUACCACUAAAGGAGCCAUUCUCAAAGCUAAUGAUGUAGAGAGAAUUUCCUCUGAACUUGAGCUACCUUCUCUUCCUGAGAUGUUGUUUGGUGAGAAUGUGCUACAGAUUAAUCACGCUGCAGGGUUUGGGAUUCAAUUUAAUGCACUGGAUGCACUGAAACUUGUGGACAACAAGCGUGACCUCAUGAAAGUAGCUGUGGCUGAAGAAUGGCAAAGCAAGCGGCAAGACUCAGAGUAUAUUAAAGAAGUGAUUAAACCUUUUGACUGGACAUUCACAACAGAUUACAAGGGAACACUGACAGGGAAAGAGGAAAUUAUCAUGAGGGUCAAAUCAACCAAAGAGAGAAUAGAUCUAGAACAGCUGAAAGUUAAAGAGAAGAUCUUUUUCUAUGAAGAUGUUAUUUUGUAUGAGGAUGAACUUGCAGAUAAUGGAAUUGCAAAAUUGAAUGUCAAAAUGCGUGUCAUGCAGGGGGGCUUCUUUUUGCUUCUGAGAUUUUUCUUAAGAGUUGACGGAGUCCUUGUCAGGAUCAAUGACACAAGAAUAUAUCACAAGGCUGGAACUUCCUAUAUGUUACGGGAAUAUUCCUCAAAAGAAAGAAAAGUAGAAGACCUCUUGGAAUUAAAGGUUCCCAUCACCGACCCCGCGCAGUUAGCAGAGCACUUAUUUCUACAGCACGAAACAUUUGAGAAACUUUCAUUUCCUGAUGGCAUUGAUGAAAUGUUUGGCGUUGACCCUUCCGUCAGCUGAGAGUCAAUUCUUACCCCCCCCCCCCCCUCCC